AUCGGCAGUGGCAGGGGUGCCACAAAUGCGGAAACGGAGAUGGCCCGUCAGUGGAAGCUUGACGCUCUGAGCGAACUGCUCGAGGACGUCGAUGUCAGCCAAGCGAUCGUCUAUGUCGGAGGGAUGAACGCGCUCGAGGCGGUGAUGUACCGGCUUGCGGGCAAGGGGCUCGAGGUCGUCCCUCUCCACGGCGACAUGUCCCAAGGUCAGCGCGUGGCUGCGUUCCAAAAGUUCCGGGUGUCGCACGGACAGCGACAGGGACCUACAAAGGUCUUGAUCGUGUACGACGUGCCUGUCAAGGCGCCCGAUGUGUACCAGGUGCCGCUGGUCAUCAAUUAUGACUUGCCAAAGGCUGUCGAAGAGUACUCCCCUCGUGUUGCCCCCGCCAUGUCCAACACACGUGGUACCAAGGACGGCGUGGUUGUCAACUUUGUCACUGCAACAGGCGGCGAUGUGGAGAUGCUGCGAUCUAUCGAGUGUUUCUAUAAGAUCAAAUGCCCCGAAGUCCCCUCCUCUCUUCGCGAUGUGCUAUAGUCAAGCCUUGUAUCGUUAGCUUCUCCGGUCGGAACCUGUCUUCCUAGGGAUCAAGGUAUCAUCACCAAAUUACCAACAACCAACACUUAUAUAUAACUCGCCGCCGUCUGCCGGCCUCUGCCCGCUGUCUGCGACGCAUUCUGUUCGCUCUACCCUACGUUGUUCUUCGUUUGCAUCCGUAUUGCGUCUCCCUGAAC